UCCAAGCACAACGAAUCGAUUCCAGAACGAUUUCUUUUUUUUUUUUACCUUGAAUAUUUAUUCAACUACAUCUUUCUAUAUAUGCGCAUGUGCUUUGUAAUAAUUUGAUAUUUAUUUUUCUCUGGCGGCAUCCAGUGCUAUAUGUGGAUUGGACAGUCGCCAGCAGAAGCGACUCUUUGCCCUGCCCUUAGGCCCCUUCAGCCUGUGGAACUUCUUCGUGUGGAGGAACGCCUCUUUGGUGGCAGGGACGGGGAGAAUUAGGCAAGAGAUGUGGGUUCUCUUGGCCUGUGUAGGGGCUUAUCUUGGGCUAAGCUGAGGGACUAAUAGCAAAGCCAACCUCCGCUCCAGCCAGUCUAAGGGCACAGAGAGCCAUCUGUCCAUUCUGUGGAUAACUGACAACAAAGGAAGUAAACAUUGAACACGGACAACAAACUCAGAGGUUAUUCCAUUAGGAGCCAUAAAGGAGAGGAGUGAAUAGUUUGGAUAUAAGGUUUGGAAUGGCAGCAAGGAGCUUGCAAUUAUAGUAUUUACAUAUAAGGUGUGAAAACACAGGGCAUGACUGAGAAGGAAGAAAUGGCCUCAGAUGGGAGCCUGAAUGUCACACUGACACUGAGGCUAUUGAUGCAUGGAAAGGAAGUUGGCAGUAUAAUUGGAAAGAAAGGGGAAACAGUGAAGAAAAUGAGAGAGGAGAGUGGAGCUCGCAUCAACAUAUCAGAGGGAUCGUCUCCUGAGAGGAUAGUAACCAUCACAGGGCCCACAGAUGGAAUUUUCCGAGCUUUCUCCAUGAUUGCGCAAAAGUUUGAGGAGGAUAUAACGGCGGCAAUGACAAACAGCAAUGUGACGAGCAAUCCGCCUGUGACGCUUCGCUUGGUUUUCCCAGGGAGCCAAUGCGGCUCACUGAUUGGAAAAGGAGGAUCUAAGAUCAAAGAGAUCCGAGAGACCACAGGGGCCCAGGUUCAGGUGGCAGGAGACAUGCUGCCGGAUUCUACCGAGAGGGCUGUCACAAUCUCGGGUACUCCACAGGCCAUCACUCAGUGUGUCCGACACAUCUGCUCCAUCAUGCUGGAGUCUCCUCCAAAAGGAGCAACUAUUCCCUACCGUCCAAAGUCCAUAUCUGCAGGAGCCCAUGCAGUAUUAGCACAACAGCACUCUGCACAAGCAUUCGCACUUCCAGGACAAUAUGCUUUUGCUCAUCAAGAUUUGACCAAGCUUCACCAGUUGGCUAUGCAGCAUAUUCCCCUCCCUUCCCUUGGGCAGAGCAACCCUACCUUCCCUGGUACGUACCCACGGCUCCGGGGAAGACCAUCGAUCCCCUCUGUCGUUACUCCUCUUCCAAUCACGACAUCAAACCACCCUGUCACAUUAGACGGUAUCAGGGAUGUCUUCAUUCCCCUCAAAGGAUUGGAUGCAUCUGCCCCCACAAGUUCACAGGAGCUGGCCAUACCUAAUGAUUUUAUUGGCUGCAUAAUUGGAAGACAAGGCAGCAAGAUCAAUGAAAUUCGUCAGGUCUCGGGAGCUCACAUCAAAAUUGCCAGUGCCACUGAUGGCUCAGCUAUGCGCCAAGUCACAAUCACAGGCUCACCGGCAAGCAUUAGCGUGGCCCAGUACCUCAUCAGCGCCAGCUUAGAGAUGGCUAAAUACACCAUGCAGGCUGCUUCCGCUGCGACCUCAGUUGACCUCAACAUGAGCUACGCUCAGUCCGCUUCCAACGCCGCCAAUGCUGCCGCUACCUCUCUAGCUGUUCUGACGGCCGCCAGCCCAGCCUCCACCAACAUUAAUGUCCACUCUCCCUCCACCUUACAGGCCCUCCAAAAUUCCCACUAUGCUGUCCCUAUUUCCAGCCUGCUUGGCAUGAAAACACUUCCCGUUCUGGCUGUUCACCCAGCAGCCGCUAGCAGCCUAACACAAGGUUUAUCUCCUUACACUGCAAAAAUAUCCAAUUCGAGCGUCAAAAAGUCCGAGCGGCAGAAGUUUGCUCCGUAUUGAUUGCUAUCGAUAUGUCUCUCCGAUUGGAUCAUUGUUUAUUGUAAACGUGUCAAUCGCUGGCACAAGUACGCACUGAUUACCAGUGUAGCACUAGCUUUCCAUUAAUCAGGAGAGCAUAUUUAUCAUAGGUGGCAGAGGUGCGUGUUCACUCAUGAUCAAUUAUAUAUAUGCAAUGUGCAAACUCAGGCUUGCUUUGAACCCAGGAAAAAGCGUACUUUUCUUAUGACUGUGUGUCACAGAGCUUUAUAUUAAGACUUACUCCAGGAGAUUUGUUUCUUAAUAUGCAAUGUUUACUUUCUGUGUAUCUUCUUAGCGCUCUUUUUGAUUUAUGUAGGUAAAUGGUUUGUUAUGUACAAUAGAGGUGGUUGGUUUUAGUAUAAUUAACAAGGAUUGCUUCAUUUCUCUGUCAUACUUCCCCAUGUUCCUUCACUUUAGGCUCUCAUCAGGGCUAACAGGCUUGGGGGUUCUGUAGUAGCGUGGCACUGUUGCAGUUCUGAUGGGAUUAUUCUAAAGCCACACUAGAUUCUAGUGGAUUUCACUCUGCACAGUAAUCCUUUAGAGCAGGACUGGUCCAGACAACUCAUGUAUUGUUUCUUUUCCCAAUCUCUAUCACAACCGAGUAAUCAUGUACUACGUCAGAAACUGACUGUUAUUAUGAUAAAAAAUUGUUCAUGUUUUCUCGGCGAUGGUCCUGGCAAAGCAGUUUUGUAAUGUUUGAUGUUUAUGAUAUGGAUUUGGAAUAAAUGAAAAUGACUUUUUAUUAAGA